AUGGGGAAUCAGACAACUUUGAAGGAAUUAUUUCUCAGUGGACUAUCUGACCUUCCGCCUCUUCAACUCCCGCUCUUUCUCUUCUUCCUUCUCAUCUACCUUCUGACAUUAAUGUGGAAUUUGCUGAUCAUCGUCCUCAUAGUCAUCGACUCUCAUCUCAAUGUUCCUAUGUAUUUCUUCCUUGGGAACCUGGCCGGUUUGGACCUCUGUAGUUCCUCGGUCAUCGUCCCGCGAAUGUUGUUUGACCUUCACACCAAGAGGAGAAAGAUUACCACAACAGAUUGUAUGAUCCAAGUCUUUUUCUUUAUAUUUUUUGUUUCUUCUGAGACUUUUCUGUUGUCCGUCAUGUCCUAUGAUCGAUAUAUCGCUAUUUGUAAGCCGUUGCAUUACAUAGAGAUCAUGAGUCGGAAAGUCUGUGUACAGUUGGUAUGCAGUGUCUGGUGUCUCAGUUUUUUCUAUUCUUCGGUUCACACAUUUUAUGCUUUUAAAUUAACGUUUUGUGAAUCAGAUGUCGUAGAAACGUUCUUCUGUGACCUGAUCCAGUUGUUUCAGAUCUCUUGCAGUGACAUCUACAUCAACAUCCUGCUCAUCUUUUUCUUGAGUGGCAUCCUUACAGUUGGGAAUCUUAUAAUGACCUUCUUCCCCUAUGUCUAUAUAUUCAAAACUGUCCUGAAAACAAAAGUGAAGGUCAAUAGGAGUAAAGUUUUCUCUACAUGUACCCCUCAUCUCACCGUGGUGAUUUUAUAUUAUGGCUCUGUUUGCUUUAAUUAUUUUCAACCAAAUGGAAGUCACCAGUUCGGUGGUAACAAAGUGGUGUCCAUGUUUUACACCGUGAUACUUCCACUCCUCCAUCCUCUGAUUUAUAGUUUGAGAAACCAGGACUUCAAAUCAGCAUUCCGAAAUGUUGUGAGGAAGAUUAUACACAAUGCAAUAUAGAGUUCACCUAA